GCUAUAAUUGAUAGCGAAAGCGUAUACUAUUUUGAGAGUUUCAUCAUCAGCUACCUAACCCUCUGUGCGUUGUUGGCGGGAACUGACGGCUAUUAAAGUCACCCAUAGAGGAGAAAGUUUCCUAGGGCACCAAAUAGCCCACAAACAGUCGGAAGCCAAUUGAUUCCCUACUUGCCCAAUUAUCGUUUUCCCUUCUCCGGCGAAAAUUCCCGGCGGCAAUCGGAUUCCCUCUCCGUCGACGAGCCAAUUCCUAGGCACUACCUAUGGAUGCAACAAGCAGCUCAGAAACUCCCCAAGAUACUGUAUACGAAGAGAUUGAGUCCUUCUUCGACUCAGCACCGCCUCUAAAAGAUGGCGCAGAUAUCAGUAGAAAAUUAAAUGAAUUCAUUGCGAGGGAUUCUCAGUCAACAGGAGGUGGAGGAGCUACCAGGGUUGUGUGUGUGACAUCUGGCGGUACAACAGUUCCUUUGGAGAAGCGAUGUGUUCGUUAUAUCGACAAUUUUAGUUCAGGUCACAGAGGGGCAGCGUCCACAGAGUAUUUUCUGAAGGCUGGGUAUUCCGUUAUAUUUCUCUACCGAAGGGGAACCUUCCAGCCGUUUUGUAGAUCUCUUCCAGAAGAUCCAUUGCUUGAAUGUUUUGAGGUCAGCAAGGAGCUUAAUGUCCAAGCACGCCAGUCACAUUCUGAAGCAGUGAAGAGGGCCAUUGGUGAACAUUGUGCCGCUAUAGAUCAAGGCUAUUUGUUGAAACUUCCCUUCACUACUAUAUUCGAGUAUCUCCAGAUUUUACAGUUGAUUGCAAUGUCGAUGAAGAAUCUUGGGAAAUGUGCAAUGUUUUAUCUUGCAGCUGCCGUAUCUGACUUUUAUGUUCCGUGGAAGAGCAUGGUGGAGCAUAAAAUUCAGUCUGCAUCUGGUCCUUUGGAUAUGCGACUGGUUCAAGUCCCGAAGAUGCUUUCAGUUCUCCGCAAAGAUUGGGUUCCCAUGGCCUUCUGCAUAUCAUUCAAGCUCGAGACAGAUUCCAAGAUUCUUCUAGAGAAGGCAGAAAUGGCCCUUAAAAAGUACAAGAUGCACUUGGUAGUAGCGAAUGAGCUUGAGACUCGGAAAGAGGUUGUUGUAGUUGUCACCAGUAGUGAAAAGAUUUCAGUCCACCGGGACAAAAAUGAAGCCCGUGCUGAUGUAGAGAGUCCUCUAAUCAAACUCCUUGUGGAGAAACAUUCGUCUUACAUUGAAGGUCCAGAUUUUUGAUUUCUCAGCUUACACAGCGUAAGGUGACAGAUUCUUGCGAAAUUGUUCAAAUAAUGCUAUUGCUCUAAUCUUCAAGCAAAGCCCUAUGUAAGAAUGUUGCGACAUGUUUUGAUUCCUUGAAUUGAUACAAAGGUUUCGAAGAGUCCAGAGAGAAGCGCCAAAGUAUAUUUUCCUCAUGUUUUUCUCUUUAUUUAUACAAAGAUUUUGAGAGAUUCAAAAGCUUGUUCCUUGUAAUGGUAACUUUUUUUUGUUCUCUUCUGAUAUAUGUUAUCUGCAAAGGGGUUAUUGCAAUUA